AUGAAGCGCAAGACGGAUAACAAAGAUCCCCAGGGCGCCAAUGGCCAGCCCGACUCCAAGAAGCGUGCCUUGUCCAGCGAGGAAGCCGUCGCUCGAUUCCGCGACGGCCUCUUCGAACCCUCCGUGCAGGAGAACUAUACCAAGGAAUACGCCGACUCUGCGCCGUACAAACAUGGCGUCAUUCAUCCUCUGAUCGAACCCUCCCUGCUGCGAUCGGUCCGCGACGAAAUCCAGGCCCAGGUCGACUUCACCGAGAAGGAGACGGACAUCUACAAGAUCUUCCAGUCCGGAGAUCUGGCCAACCUCGACGGCCUCGACGACACUUCUCUCUCGCGAUUGCCGUCGUUGCUGAAACUGCGCGAUGCGAUGUACUCGGCCCGCUUCCGCGAGUACCUGUCGUCCGUCACCAACUCGGGCAAACUGAGCGGCAAGAAGACCGACAUGGCCAUCAACAUCUACAACGAGGGGUGCCAUCUUCUGUGCCAUGACGACGUCAUCGGAAGCCGUCGCCUCAGUUACAUCCUCUACCUGACCGACCCCGAUACUCCCUGGCAGGCGGAAUGGGGUGGAGCCCUGCGUCUGUUCCCUACGGCUACCAAGAAGGACGCCAAUGGCGAGGACGUCAAGGUUCCCAGCCCGGACUAUAGCCUCAGCAUCCCGCCUGCUUUCAACCAGCUGAGCUUCUUCACCGUUCAGCCCGGAGAGAGUUUCCACGACGUCGAGGAAGUGUACCACCCGAGGGAAAACGAGGACAAGUCCAAGAAACGGGUCCGGAUGGCCAUCAGUGGCUGGUUUCACAUCCCGCAAAAGGGCGAAGACGGCUACGAAGAGGGUCUGGAGGAGAAGCUGGCCGAGCGGAGCAGUCUGGCUCAGCUGCAGGGCCGCGGCGACAUCUACGACCUCCCCCAGCCCCAACCUACCAUCUGCCACGAGGAGACCGAGCCCAAGGUAGAGGGGAAAGGAAAGGGCAAGGUGGAGGAGGUGCCGAGCGGCACCGAAUUCAACGAGGCCGACCUCAGCUUCCUGCUGCAGUACAUCGCGCCCUCGUACCUCACCCCUGACAUAGCCGAGGAGAUGUCUGAAACGUUCGGUGACGAGUCGUCGCUGAACCUGGAACGUUUCCUGUCGGAGAAGUUCGCCGCGCGCGUACAGGAAUACAUUGCCGAGCAGGAGCGCACGGAGCUCCCCCAAUCCUCGGACGAGAUUCUGGCCCAAACCGGCUGGACGGUCGCACGACCGCCGCACAAACAGCGCUACAUGUUUCAGCAGUACCCCACAACCGCGCAGGACCAGAAGACGCCGAUCCAGGAGCUCCUAAACGACCUCUUCCCUUCACCGGCCUUCCGCAAGUGGCUGGCGCUUGUGACAGGCGCCGAGCGUAUUACAAGCUACGAUUACCUGGCGCGUCGGUUCCGACGCGGUCAGGAUUACACCCUAGCCAGCGGUUACGAUAGCGAGGAGCCGCGACUGGAAUUUACGCUCUGUUUGACGCCCACCUCCGGGUGGGAGAAGGACGGGGACGACGAGGAUGAGGACGAGAUGGAUGAGGCAGCGGACGGGAAGGGUGAGUCCGCGGCGGCAUCAAAGGAACCCAAAAAGCAGACCAUGGAGACCUCUGAGACCCAAGAGGAGCCCGCUGUGGGUGGCUAUGAGAUCUACAUGGCCGGCGACGAUGAGGACGAGGGUGAUGCCGCCAUCUACCGAUCCGCCGCGGCCGAGGAGGACGACGGAAUCCUGUUUAGCACAGCCGCCGGAUGGAACCGUCUGAGCAUCGUGCUGCGGGACAGCGGCACGCUCAAGUUUGUGAAAUACGUCAGUGCUGCCGCCCAGGGAGACCGCUGGGAUCUGACUGGCGACGUGGGUGUGGAUUUCGGCGAGGACGAAGACGAAGACGAUGAGGAAGACGCCGAAGCGGAGGAUGACGAGGAUGAAGAUGAUGAGUAA